CGCCACCCGUAGCUGAGGCGGCGGCGGCGCAUGCGCACCGGGCCGGGCCGGGGCGGCGGCGGCGGCGGCGCCAUGAAGGGGCGCUUCGGCACCAUCGACAUCCGGGCGCUGCUCGCCGAGCUCCGCCGCGGCUUGCUGGGAAUGAGAGUGAGCAAUGUUUACGAUGUGGACAACAAGACGUAUCUCAUCCGCCUGCAGAAACCCGACUGCAAGGCCACGCUGCUGGUUGAGUCUGGAAUACGGAUUCACACGACGGAGUUCGAGUGGCCAAAAAACAUGAUGCCAUCCAGCUUUGCAAUGAAGUGCCGUAAGCAUUUGAAGACCAGAAGGCUGGUCAGCGUGAAGCAGCUGGGUAUAGACAGAAUCGUGGACUUCCAGUUUGGAAGCAACGAGGCUGCUUAUCACCUGAUCAUCGAGCUGUACGACAGGGGCAACAUCGUCCUGACGGACCACGAAUACCUCAUCUUGAACAUUCUGAGAUUUCGCACGGAUGAGGCGGAUGAUGUCCGGUUUGCGGUUCGGGAGCGGUACCCAGUUGACAGCGCAAAAGCACCUGCACCUCUGCCAACCGUGGAAAGGUUAACUGAAAUAAUAUCAAACGCACCCAAAGGGGAGCAGCUGAAGAGGGUUCUUAACCCACAUCUUCCUUAUGGAGCCACUGUCAUCGAGCACUGCCUUAUAGAAGCUGGAUUUUCUGGUUCUGUCAAAAUAGAUCAAAAUCUGGAAAAUAAAGAAAAUAUUGAAAAAGUGCUUACCGCUUUGGAAAAAGCGGAAGAAUAUAUGGCACUAACGGAUGACUUCAGCGGAAAGGGUUACAUUAUCCAGAAAAAGGAGAAAAAGCCAAGCCUGGAACCAGAUAAACCCGCAGAAGAUAUCUACACAUAUGAGGAAUUUCAUCCUUUCUUGUUUUCUCAACAUUCAAAAUGUCCGUACUUGGAAUUUGACUCAUUCAAUAAGGCAGCAGAUGAAUUCUACUCCAAGCUAGAGGGACAGAAAAUUGAUCUGAAAGCCUUGCAGCAGGAAAAACAAGCAUUGAAGAAACUUGAAAAUGUCCGUAGGGAUCACGAGAACAGACUAGAGGCUCUUCAGCAAGCUCAGGAAGUUGAUAAGAUAAAAGGAGAACUUAUAGAGAUGAACUUGGAGAUCGUUGACCGAGCCAUCCAGGUGGUCCGUAGCGCGUUGGCCAACCAGAUAGACUGGACAGAGAUCGGAGCGAUCGUUAAGGAAGCUCAGGCACAGGGGGACCCUGUUGCAAGUGCAAUCAAAGAAUUAAAGCUUCAGACAAAUCACAUCACGAUGCUGCUGAGGAACCCGUAUGUGUUAUCUGAAGAGGAAGAAGAAGAGGAGGAUGCUGAUUUAGUGAAAGAAGAAACUGAAGAACCAAAGGGGAAAAAGAAGAAAAAUAAAAACAAGCAGUUGAAGAAGCCUCAGAAAAACAAACCGUCACUAGUCGAUGUUGAUCUCAGUUUGUCUGCGUAUGCCAAUGCCAAAAAGUACUAUGAUCACAAAAGGCAUGCAGCUAAGAAAACACAGAAGACAGUAGAAGCUGCAGAAAAGGCAUUUAAAUCAGCUGAGAAGAAGACGAAGCAGACACUGAAGGAAGUUCAGACGGUUACCACCAUUCAGAAAGCCAGGAAGGUCUAUUGGUUUGAGAAGUUCCUGUGGUUCGUCAGUUCUGAGAAUUACCUUGUUAUUGCUGGGAGAGAUCAGCAGCAGAAUGAGAUAAUUGUAAAGCGCUAUCUUAAACCAGGGGACAUAUACGUGCACGCCGACCUCCAUGGAGCCACGAGCUGUGUGAUCAAGAACCCGACAGGUGAACCGAUUCCUCCGCGGACCCUGACGGAGGCAGGCACGAUGGCCUUGUGUUACAGCGCUGCCUGGGAUGCCCGAGUUGUCACCAGUGCUUGGUGGGUCUCCCACAACCAGGUUUCUAAAACUGCACCUACAGGAGAGUACCUGACUACUGGAAGCUUCAUGAUCCGAGGGAAGAAGAAUUUUCUUCCACCUUCGUAUCUGAUGAUGGGCUUUAGCUUCUUGUUUAAGGUGGAUGACAGCUGCGUUUGGAGGCACCGAGAGGAGAGGAAGGUCAAAGUACAGGAUGAGGAUCUCGAAACGGUUUCCAGCAGUGCCAGUGAGCUGGUGUCGGAGGAAGUGGAGCUGUUAGAAGGAGGGGACAGCAGCAGUGACGAAGAAAAAGCGGAGUGUGAGGAAGCACCGGAAGAUGUGGAAGCCGUGUCCGAGAAUAAUCGUGAUGAGGGCGUUGCUGACCUUGACCAGGGCAGAGCAAACACCCCUCCUGUGCCGGAGGGUGACUCCGAAGAGGACGAUGGUGAAUCUGAGGAUGAAGAGGAACAUCCAGAGCCGAAGAGUGAAGUGAGAGAGGAAGAGGUACAUUACCCAGACACAACAAUCGACCUGUCGCACCUUCAGUCUCAAAGAUCCCUGCAGAAAACUGUCCCUAAAGAGGAAGAACCCAACUUGAGUGACAGCAAGGCCCAGGGGCGAAGGCAUCUCUCUGCCAAGGAGAGGAGAGAAAUGAAGAAAAAAAAGCAGCAGAAUGACUCUGAGAACUUGGAGCCGCCCGAAGAGAAGCAGAAGGAGACGGAGCCGCAGCGUCACCCUGCUCCCAACACCACCAAGGGUGUGCCAGCCCCUCAGCCCGUCAAGCGGGGCCAGAAGAGUAAAAUGAAGAAGAUGAAGGAGAAGUACAAGGACCAGGAUGAGGAGGACCGGGAGCUCAUCAUGAAGCUGCUGGGGUCUGCAGGGUCAAACAAGGAGGAGAAGGGGAAAAAAGGGAAAAAGGGGAAGACGAAAGAAGAUGCAGUGAAAAAGCAACAGCAGAAACCCAAGUCUGGGCACCGUGGUGCUGGCGGCGGCAAGGAGAUGCUCCCAGGAGGAGUCCUGCUGCAUGAGUCCCAGGACCCAGCCCUGGAGGAGCAGCAGGAUGAGAAGGAUGAGCAAGAGCAGGAUCAGCCAGGAGUUGAGGAAGCCGUGGCUUUGCUGGACUCCCUGACAGGGCAGCCGCACCCCGAGGACGUUCUGCUCUUCGCCGUGCCCAUCUGCGCUCCCUACACGGCGAUGACAAACUACAAGUACAAAGUCAAGCUCACGCCGGGCACCCAAAAGAAAGGAAAAGCUGCAAAGAUCGCCUUGCAUAAUUUUAUGCAGUCCAAAGAAGCUACCGCAAGAGAAAAGGAUCUGUUCCGCAGUGUCAAGGAUACUGACUUGUCAAGAAAUAUUCCUGGUAAAGUGAAGGUAUCCGCACCCAACCUGCUGACCAGGAAGAAGAAGUGAUGUGGUGCUGGAGGUCUCACCACCCAACCGGGGCUGCUGUGCAGUCAGGACCCAGCCCCUUCAGCCUGGGAAGAGACAGAGCCACCCCGACUGCUGUUAACGUGACUGAAUGCAGCUUCCGUGGCAGUAAGCAGAUGUGGACCAGUUCCUCUGUUGUGGGUUAGAGGGACUCUGACAACUCAUUGAGAUAAAUAGCAUAGAAAUGUGCAAGUAAAUUGCUGGCAGUGGGUCAGUGA